AUGCUGAGAAACUCAGAGAUGGAACGAAGCCCUGAAGCAGCAAUUAUUCAAUGGAUUAAUACAUUCACCAUCUCCCAUCCAGUAACACAGAUGCAAGAGCUAUCAGAUGGUCUCAUCUUGUUUGAAGUGGCGUCUGACAUCGACCCCAAAUGGUUCAAAAGCAUACGUUCUGCUGAUGUGGGAGAUAACUGGGUUCUAAAGCACAACAACCUGAAAAAAUUGUGCAAGCUGGUGUCUAGAUACUAUGAAGAGGUCUUGGGUAUACCGUUCUCUAAUUUCCCAGAGAUUGAUUUGAACGCCAUUGCUAAAGAUGCUGAUACCCGAGUCAUUGUUCAGCUAUGCAAAUAUAUCUUGACUUCUGCCGUGGUGGGCCCAAAUAACACCAAAUAUAUUCCAGAAAUUCAAUUGAUGAGUGAGUCAGAUCAAAAGCAUGUCAAGGCGAUCAUUGAAGAGACUCUGAAUUAUGCUCAGCAAGAGCCCAAUGAACCGCAAGAAAUAUCUGACAAUUAUACCCAAAGCAGUUACAUGGAUGAUGGUACAUAUCGAAGCCAAAGCGAGCUGACAAGAAUUUCGAGAGAAAAGGAAGAACUCGAGAUACAAAACAAACAACUGAUCGAUAAACACUCUGAGCUAUUGACGAAAUAUGACAAACUCGAGAAUGAAAAGCAAGAUUUGCAAGUGAGAUUAAAAGACAUGGAUACUGCUGUGGCACAGGCAAAUGAGACCGGUAGAGCCGAUUUUAUUAUGCGAACAGAAAUUGAUCAUUUGAAGCAAGAUUUGCAAAAGAGCGAAGAUACUCGACAAGAGCAAGAAAGAAGACUAGAGGAUCUCAAUCGCCAAAUCAACAACUUGACCCGUAUCAAUGAAGAGCUCACUGUGUAUGAAUCACAAGCAGCAGCAUUAAAAGAUCAAGUUGAUGAGCAUCGCCACGCAGCAGAGAAACUCCAGAAAGCAGAAAAUGUCAUUGAGAAAUACAAAAAGAAGAUGGAAGACACAGCAGAUUUAAAGCGACAGAUGAAGUUACUGGAAGAGCAAAAUCAUUCACUCGAUACCAGUUAUCAGAAACUGGAAGAAGAAUACCGAAAAGUGCUUGCUUUCAAGACCUUGAUGGACUCUUACAAAGACCAAGUGGCCAAUCUGGAAACCAAGAACAACGAGUUAAUCCGUGAAAAGAAUAAGAUGGAAUACGAACUAACCUACUUUAACAAAAAAAUGGAACUCAUGGAAGCUGAUAAAGCCAGAGAUUCAGACCGCAUUCAGGCUCUGGAGGAUCAUCUGCAAGAAGCACAACUAGGUAUGACUACAGUCAAUGCACCCAAUGCACAACGAGCAGCCAAUGACGAUGUGGAGGAUAUGGACAUUGAUGAUUACAAUUUGAAUAAUUCUCUGGAAGAGUCCUUGAAGGAAUCCAAUGUCACUGAACUCAAGUUAUCCAAGCGUCGCCUUGAACGCCAAGUAAAGACGCUGCAAGAAGAGAGAGCUGCUGGCGGUGGCGGUGGUGGUGGCAGUGGUGGUGGAGAGUCAACACAUUCAAAGGUGCUUGUGAUGCAGCAUUUGUUGGAUGACGCCAACCGUCUCAAGACACAGUUUGAAAAGAACUACUUGGAAGUAUCACAGGAGCGAGACAUCUUACAAAGUGACAUGGCACGUAUCCGUGAAGGCAUUCCUGAUGCUCUUGUAGAUCAAUCAGAAAAGACGCUUUCUCUGCGUCUUCGUAUCAUUGAGCUGGAGAAGGAGACUAAAUCGCUGAAUGACACUGUUGCUAAGCUGGAGCAAAAGAUAUCUGAAGGCCGAUUCCAGGGCGAUGGUGAGGGCAUGGACGAGGUUCUUAAAAAGUGCAACGAGUUGGAAGCCAAAUCAAAUGCUCUGGAAGAGCAGACCAAGAAGCAGCUGCAAGACAUCAACAAGUUGCUUUUGGAAAAGGACAUUUUGCAUGGCCAAAGUCUGGAGCAAAAGGAUCUCUUGUUGGUGACAGAGAGAAUGAACAGCGACCUGAAGGAGUCCUUGGCAGCAUUCAAGGCAAAGGAUGACGAGCCAUUCAAGCAAAAGAAUGUUGAACUGCAGCAGCAACUCAUCAAAUUGCAAGAAGAAUUAUACAGUAACAAGAAGAAGCUCAUCAACAGUAAACAGUUUAUCUCACAGCAAGACAAGCUGAUCAAGGAUCUCAGACAACAGGGCGAGUCUGGUAAUUUUGAUGAGGCUGUCAAGUCCUUGCAAACCGAAGUCAAGAUGCGUGAAGAAGAGAUUGAGAAAUUCAAGCGACAACUCCAUGAGACUCGCAACCAAAACCGCCGUGAACAACAAUUGAUGAUAUCAGCCUGGUAUGAUAUGUCACGAAGAGCCAACAGAGAUGUUGUAAAUAACAAGGCGUCUCCAAUCUCAUGGCUUGGCCAGCAACGAAGAACACUUGAUAAUCAGCUUAAACGUCGCUAA